CCGAGCUUCACCAUCUACUGCAGCUCUCUCUCGCUCUCUCUCCCUACUACUACUACCAGAGCUUCUUCCCACACAUCCUCUCUAAAAGCAUGGCGUCUGUGGCGGUGGCUAGGUUUAGUGGCGCGUUGAGGUCGGGAGCCGCCGUGCGGACCAUGCGCGCGUUCACGGGGCCUUCUCCGUCUCUGGCAAGAACGGGGUGGCUCGCGGCGGGCGCGGGGAACAAGCGUUGCAUGUCGACGGUCUACGCGGAGUCGCACGAGUACCUCACAGUGGAGGGGGACACCGCGAAGGUGGGCAUCACGGCCUUCGCCGCCAAGGCUCUGGGAGACGUGGUUUUCGUAGAUCUCCCCGAAGUGGGCGACGAGCUCGAGGCCGGGGAUUCGUUCGGGUCGGUGGAGUCGGUGAAGGCUGCCAGCGAUGUGUACUCUCCGGCCAGUGGGGAGGUGCUGGAGGUUAACGAGGCGUUGACGGAGAGUCCUGGCAUCCUAAACGAAGACCCCAUGGGCAAGGGCUGGUUCAUCAAGAUCAAAAUGACGGAGCCCGCCCCCGACACGCUUAUGGACCCCGCGGCCUACGAAACUCACUGCGAGGACUCGGCGUAGACAAGAGCUGCCAUAGGGGUGUCACGAACCACGCAGCAAAUGACAAAGGAUGUGUUAUUAAUGGCACUGCUCGAGGGCCAUCGUAGGGAGGGGGUAGAAAGCAUGAUUUCUUUUCAGGAAUCGCGUCUUGACUUGGUGCGGUGCUGCUGUCGGAGAAGCCAAUCAGGGCGAGCCUUUGUACGUCCCCGCAGGGGGCGGAAGAGGCAACAUGUGUAUAUUUCUUCGAAGGAAGUGAGGGUAGAGAAGUUGGUUGUCGGCGAAGUACUUCGAAACAGUGUUUGUUGAAACAUUGAACGUUGCGCACAAAGCGCGUGUAGGAAACAGCCCCAACGCCCAUCAACAUCGAUGUGUCGUCGUGAUUGAUUUCUGACCCUCAGGUGCCCAGAUCUUUGCCUGUUUGUGAUGGAAAGUGAUGUAUCUUUCAAGGUAUCGCUCGUGCUGAAGCUUACAUCUGCGGCUACGCCGAAGCAGUUGUUUAGGAAAGUCGUUGCUGAUGAUGGCAAUUUUUUGUGUGCCGGUGGUGGAAGGACAACAUAUUUUCUUUUUUUUAUUUUUUUGAAUGGAGCGCGUCGAACACUCAGGAAACUGAAGCGUCGCUCUCUCAUUCCGCUUUUUGUCUUGCGGAACGUGUCCUCUCAUGGGAUGUUGGCUACCCGCAUCUUUGAUGAGGGCAUGCCGUCCUUUUACCGCCAAGGCAUUUCUAGGCGUGCGAAAUCCUGCUUGCCUCUUGUUUUACCCGUGGCCGGAAGCGGGACAAUGUGGUUGAAUACCGUCGCUCACUGGGUUUGAUGAUCUGUGGCCGAGGCCGGGAGGUUAACCAGAAUGUAUCGCUGACGUCGGCGGUC